CUUCUUCUUUAAAUCUGACAUUCCUUGCGUAAAAAGAUUACAUCUCUUUUUUUUUACAUCUUUAUUUCUUUUUUUAAAAAUCAUGACUACCACUAUUCGUAUCGGCUACGUACCUGAGCAUUUCUCAACCCCUUUAUACGUUGCACGCGAUCUUGGCUUGUUCAAAGACACAGGCGUAAACGUCGAGCUCGUUUUAUGUCCCGGUGGUACUGGCGAGAUGACAAGUAAGUUACAAGACAAGUCCAUCGAUUUAGCCAUUGCUUUGACAGAAGGACUUGUCGCUGGCAUCAGUAAAGGUCAAGAUUGGUACAAGAUUGUCGGUACUUUUGUCGAUGCCCCACUUUGUUGGGCACUUUCGACCGGAAAGAAUGCAAAACAUGACUCGAUUGACACACUUUACAAGACCAAUGUGGCUAUUUCGCGCUAUGGCUCAGGGUCACAUAUCAUGGCCUAUGUUCUUGCCGAGUCUCGCGAAUGGUUAAAAGAGAAGGAGGAACCCUUUCAAUUCACGGUUCUUGAUAACUUUAAGAAUAUGCGAGAUAAGGUGAAUGAUGGUACGUGUGAUUAUUUCAUGUGGGAGACCUUUACCACCAAGCCCUACCACGACUCUGGUGAAAUCAAACGCAUUGGACAGAUCACCCCUCCUUGGCCUGCAUUCAUGUUUGCUGCUCAUGUGGAUUUAUUAGCCAACCAUAAGGAAGCGCUUGUCAAAGUAUUAAAGGCCAUUGAGAAGGCAACAGAGGUAUUUAUCUCACAAAAGGAAAGUGAGUCUGUGGAGCUAGUGAUGCGCAUAUUGGAUUACCCUGAGGAAGAUGUCCGUCGUUGGUUUGAAACGGUACGUUAUGCAAAGGAUAGUCAACAGGUAUCUCGUAAGGCCAUCAAGGUCACUUUAUCCACGUUGCUGGAUGCAGGUGUCAUUUCCCAACCUACCAAACCCAUUGAGGAUUUAGUAGACCCUGACGUUGCUCAUAUCACGGAUUAAAUAUUGAAUUGCUUUAUAAAAAUUUACAUCGAUAAGCUUUGUGUCACUAACACAAUAAUACGGGCUUCUUUUUUCCCACCCAUGGUAAAAAACCCUAAUCAAGGUUUGAUCGGAUUUCGUAAAUGUAAUUGACGUGCAUAACCAUUUUUUUACCCACACUUGAAAAGUCAUUUUAGCAAGAAAAAUAGAUGAUGGGCACUAAUCCUUUUUGUGUGUGUGUAUGUGUGUCUAAGGGGGGGGGGG